GAUGCGAUGAUGACAACUGCCUCCAGUGUGACGGGCCGGGGAAAUGCGUGCGCUGCCAGGCUCCCUUCCUGCUCCUGGAUUCCCAAUGCGUCUUGUCUUGUGGAAAGCGGUACUAUGGAGACCACGGAGGGCAGAUAUGCCUAGCUUGCCCCGAGGGAUGCUUGGAGUGUGACAAUUCCACCGGAUGCCGAGUUUGUAAUUCCACGACAUUUCUCCAGGAAGGCCUUUGCGUGGCUGACUGUGGGCGCGGCGUCUACCACGACCCCCGAAAUCGGCAGUGCAAAU